UGGCGACACGUGGCUAAUGAGAGCCAUGUGGCUCCUGUGGAAACAAGUCUCUCCUCAGUGGAAGUGAAGGAUUGAGAGUGAGAGAGAGGGAGAGAGAGAGGGACGAGGGGGGAAAGUGAGCUGGGCUCCAGUGAGGAGGGAAGAGACAAACCAGGACAGACGGAGACAACUUUUCCUCUCCACACUCUCGCAGUGUUUUCUACACGGAGCGCGUCUUUUUAUUUUGGUGCGCGUUUAAAAAAGAGCGCACAAGUUCUCCUGCUCAGAGUCGUAGGAUUUUUUUUUUUUUUUAAUCUUGGAGGAGCUCGACAACUUCAGCAGUGAGAUCUGUGGAUGUGAAGAACGGGUGGAGGUUUUAACACACAGCCGGAGGAAUGUAUCCCACUCGGGCAGCGGCGUGCCAGCGUCUGUGGAGAUGUCCAGGCUGCGCUCUCUGGAUCGCCCUGCUCCUCCACUGCGUCCUGGACCCGAGCGCGUCUGGGUCUGAGUUUCCCCAAGACCCCAGUGUGCUAGCUACCACUUCAUGGAGCACCUCUAGUGAUGGUUCCUUAUUCAUCCGUCUCGAAGCUCCCCUGAACAACAUCACCACCUCUCUGGGCCACACGGCUGAGCUCUUCUGUCGAGUGUCCGGCAACCCGUCCCCCACCGUGCGCUGGCUGAAAAACGACGCCCCCGUCGUGCAGGAGCCACGCCGCGUCUCCUACCGCUCCAUGCCGUACGGAUCGCGGCUCCGGAUCCGCAACCUGGACACCACGGACACGGGUUACUUCCAGUGCAUGGCCACUAACACCCAGGGCACCGUGUCCACAACGGGAGUGCUGUUCGUCAAAUUCGAUCCACUCCCUACACCUCUGGCAGGAAGGCCAACGGAGGAGUUUGAUGAGGAGGGAUUCUGCCAGCCGUACAGAGGCAUAGCCUGCGCACGCUUCAUCGGCAACCGCAGCAUCUUCGUCGAUUCACUGCAGAUGCAGGGCGAGAUAGAGACUCAGAUCACAGCGGCCUUCACCAUGAUCGGCACGUCCAACCAUUUGUCCGAUCGCUGCUCCCAGUUCGCCAUCCCGUCUCUCUGCCACUUCGCCUUCCCGACGUGCGACCGCAGCUCGGGAACCGACAAACCCAGGGACCUGUGUAAAGACGAGUGCGAGAUCCUGGAGAACGACUUGUGCAAGACGGAGUACAUCAUCGCCCGCUCCAACCCUCUGAUCCUGAAGAGACUGAAGCUGCCGAACUGCGACGACCUGGCCGCCGCCGACAGUCCGGAGGCUGCGAACUGUCUGAGGAUAGGCAUCCCCAUGGCCGAGCCCAUUAACAAGAAUCACAAGUGUUACAACAACAGCGGGACAGACUACCGCGGGACGGUCAGCGUGACCAAGUCGGGCCGUCAGUGUCAGCCGUGGAACUCGCAGUAUCCUCACAGCCACACCUACCUGGCCCUCCGCUAUACAGAGCUGAACGGGGGACACUCGUACUGCCGCAACCCAGGGAACAAGCACGAGGCCCCCUGGUGCUUCACGCUGGAUGAGGGGGUCCGCAUGGAGCUGUGUGACAUACCCAUCUGUGACCAUAAAGACAAGUCUGGCGGCAGCAACAUGGAGAUCUUGUACAUCCUGGUUCCCAGUGUGGCCAUCCCGUUAGCCAUCGCCCUGCUCUUCUUCUUCAUCUGUGUGUGCCGCAACAACCAGAAGUCGGCCAGGCCUCCCGCCCCCCGCCAGCCAAAACCAGUGCGAGGACAGAACGUAGAGAUGUCCAUGCUCACAACCACGUACAAGCCGAAGAGUAAGACCAAAGAGCUUCCUCUGUCGGCCGUGCGCUUCAUGGAGGAGCUCGGAGAGUGCACCUUAGGGAAGAUCUACAAGGGUCACCUGUAUCUACCCGGCAUGGACCAGGCCCAGCUCGUGGCCAUUAAGACCCUGAAGGAUCUGUCCAGUACCCAGCACUGGGGCGAAUUCCAGCAGGAGGCGGCAGUGCUGACCGAGCUGCAGCACCCAAACGUGGUGUGCCUGCUGGGUGUGGUGACCCAGGAGCAGCCCGUCUGCAUGCUGUUUGAGUUCCUUCCUCAAGGCGACCUCCACGAGUUCCUCAUCAUGCGCUCGCCGCACUCAGACGUCGGCUGCAGCAGCGACGAAGACGGCACGGUGAAAUCCAGCCUGGAUCAUGGAGACUUCCUGCAUAUGUCCAUACAGGUGGCUGCUGGGAUGGAAUACCUGGCCAGUCACUUCUACAUCCACAAAGACCUCGCGGCUCGGAACAUUCUCGUGGGCGAACAGCUUCACAUCAAGAUUUCAGACCUGGGUCUGUCCAGAGAGAUCUACUCGUCGGACUACUACUGCGUCCAGCCCAAAACGCUGCUGCCCAUCCGCUGGAUGUCCCCCGAGGCCAUCACCUACGGAAAGUACACCACCGACUCGGACAUCUGGUCGUUCGGAGUGGUGCUGUGGGAGAUCUUCAGCUACGGCCUGCAGCCCUACUACGGCUUCUCCAACCAGGAAGUGAUGGAGAUGGUGAGGAAGAGGCAGCUGCUGCCCUGCCCUGAGGACUGCCCGCCAAGGUUCUAUGGUUUGAUGACUGAGUGUUGGCAGGAGGGACCAGGACGUAGAACGAGGUUCAAGGACAUCCACGCCCGCCUGCGAGCCUGGGAGGGGCUGUCGUCCCACGCCAGCUCCAGCACUCCCUCUGGUGGCGGGGGCAACGCCACCACCCAGACCACCUCGCUCAGUGCCAGCCCCGUCAGCAACCUCAGCAACCCCCGCUACGCUGCUGCUGCUGCCGCAGGAUACCUCUACCCGGCCCAGGCUAUUCCCACGCCAGGCCAGAUGGCUCAGAUCCCGGGCUGGACACCCAUGGCUGUGUCCCAAACUCACCAGCGCUUUAUCCCCGUCAACGGAUACCCCAUCCCCACUGGAUACGCCGCUUUUCCUGCCCACUUCCCUCCCCCUGCUCCGCCCACCAGGGUCAUCCAGCACCACCUGCCACCUCCUAAAAGCCGCUCGCCCAGCAGCGCCAGCGGCUCCACCAGCACGGGUCACGUCAGCGGUGUGCCCUCCACCACAGGUUCCAACCACGACGCCAACGCACCGCUGCUGUCCCACUGCAUCAUGCCAGGGAGCGGAGGAGGGUCGGCUCAGAUGUACGGACAAGUUAUCCAGAAGGGGAUGGGACAGCUGGACCACGGAUCACACACAUCGGCACUGCUCACAGCUGAUUCUGAGGUGCUGAUGUACGACUCGGUCAUCACCGCAGACCUGUAGAUAGACAGAUAGACGGACACGGCCUCUGGCCUCUCACCCAGUGACCUGAUAUAAGAAUUCUCCUCUGGUCGGACAGAGACGAACAGAAACAGGUCUGGAAGCAAGAAACACUGUCGCAGCCACACGAGUAUAUACACGGCUGUUUGACUUUUAAAUGCCUUACUGUUUAAAGCAAGUGUACUUACCACCAUGGUUUGAAAAUGUUUUUAUUUUAACCUCUGUGUAAAUACGGUACAUAAGUCCUGAAUGAAUGAAAUACAAAGAUAUAUAUUCAAAAGAACUUUUUAUUAUGGAAAACACUUUAAAGGUGAAGAAGUAGCGAGUCCACCCUGUGUCCUCUCCGUGUGUUACAACCUGACAAAAAAGUGUCACCAACGUAAAGGCCUGUUUCCUGCAGGAUGCUGAGGAGACGCUGCAUCGUGACCUCUGGGUCAGUGCGACUCGCUCGUUUCUGGACGUUGAAAUGGAAAAAUGUGCUGUACAUCAAAGCUUGUACAGUAAAAAAAAAAAGAAGAUGCAUUCAGCAGGUGAGGAAGAAUGAACAAAGCAGAGGUGCGGAGGUGACGUAACCUGACGCUUCAGUGUUUUAGAUUCUUACGUGGGAACUGUCCAUCGAAGCAGCUGAAACUGAAACACUCGUUCAUCAUCAUUUUCACACCUUUCAGAAAUGACAACUGAAUGUUCAACAUGACUAACUGAGACUUGGACACAGGCCUCUUUGCCUUUUCAAACUUUACUCUACUACAAUCUGCUUCCUUUUUGAAUUUAAUAGUAAACUCUGCAUCAGCCUUUCGUCCUCCUUUCAUUCCUCUAUCUGAGGAAGAAGAGCGUUAAUGCCUCUCAAACCUGUCUGUGCCUCCCUCCAUCACUUCGUCUGCGAUCUUACCGUCUCCACAUGUAUCUUCCAACCUGCCGGUGGAUACGACAUCUAAUCCCUCACAUCUGCAAAUGAAAUCACACACCAAACAUUUUCUCUUGAAGAUUGGAUGUGAUCUUUUAUUUUUUAUGAGUUUUUUAUGUUUUCAGUCUAAAUUGUGAAGGAAUUUUCAGAUUUUUAGUCACAGGGCUUGUUUUCAUAUCUAUGUCUUUUGCUUUCCUGGUUUUACACACAAAACAAUGAAGAUAAAAACAAUGAACUCUCAUAACAGACCACAUUUAAAUUCACUGGGUCCAGAUUUGUGGAAAUGUCUGUUUUUUCUCAGUAGUGUAAUUCCUCCAGUAUCUGUGUAGGAGACAAUCAUUGGUUUCAGUCACGUGUUGCUCUCUGUGUCUCUGAUCAGCUGGAUUUGUUCAUCAGGGACACGUUUUACAUGAAACCUUCUGAUCACUGUGGAUGUGUCCCGACGGUAAAACACAGUAUGAAAAAACCACAAGCUUUGUUGAAUGUAGAUAAAUAACUAAGUUUGUCUCGAAAGCAGCUGCUGAUCAAAAUAAAUCAGAUUCACUUCA